AUGUGGGGCGUCGUCGCGCGCAUCGCCGCGGCCGCCGCCGUCCUGACCCUCGUCCAGCACAACAUCUCGCAGAUGUACAAGGCGUACUACGACGAGCGGAUGAAGGAGGAGGCGGGGCCCACCAAGUUGUUCCCCAAGAUCGACCCCGAAGACAGAGACGGCACCGCGCGAGGGGCGCCGAGAGGGGGGCGCCGAGAGCGGGGCGCCGGCGGGGGCAGGUCGAUGUCGACCGCGACGAUCGCGUCCGUGGGCGGCGCGUGGGCCGCCGCGGUGGCGACCGGUGACGCGCUCGCAUCGAGACGAGCGCCGGGCGGCGUGGGGGGUGCCGCGUCCGGAGGCGGAGAUCUGACGAUGACGAGAGACCCGAGAUGCGUCGCCGCGGCGCUUCGCGCGUGCAGGACGCUCGCGCGCAGAUGA